GUACCUAACCUUACCCAAAUCUCUGCAAGGAAUCCUCCCUCAUCUUUCUUCUUCUCACACACUUCCGGCGCAAGUUAUCACCGAUACCUCCAUGGCAACCUCUCGUCCUCCACCCAAGCCGCUCGAUCUCGACAUCACAGUCGUCUCCGCCAAACACCUCAAGAACGUGAACUGGCGUCACGGUGACCUCAAGCCCUACGUCACCUUCCGAGUCGACCCUGAAAUCCGGUCCACCAAGCACGACGACUCCGGCUCGACGCGCCCGGUCUGGAACGAGCGGUUCGUCGUACCUCUCACCACUCCUCUCCAGGACUCCAUCCUCGUCCUCGAAGUCCUCCACUUUGGACGCCUCGACUCAAACCAGAACCUAGUCGGCAGUCUCCGAUUACCACUCACCGACCUGAUCGACUCGGACGAUUCCGCCCGACUCGGGACCUACGAGCUCCGCCGCCCCUCGGGUCGCCCCCACGGCAAGAUCCGGAUCAAGCUCGCCGUCAGAGAAAAGCCCUUGCCUCCCGCGCCAGAUUACCAUAUUACCCCUCAGCCCAGCUAUUAUUACUCCACUGCCCCUCCCCCUCCUCCUUCUGCCCGGGACUACUCGGGUUACUCUCCCUCGCCGUACACGGGUUCUCUUCCGCCACCGCCACAGCAACCGCCUCUGCCAUCUCAGCUUCCCAAAAUGGCUCCGCCUCCGCCGACAAAUGGGUAUCAGUUCGGCGCGUACUCGGAUCCGUAUCCGGGGUACUAUUCCGGGUAUUACUCUCAGCCGCCACCGCCGCCGCCACGGCCGUUCUUUGACAGGCAGUUCACUUACGGCGGACCUAGCGCGCCGGUGGAUUAUACACCGUAUGAUCAGAAGCCAAAGGGAGGGAAGAUGGGGUUGGGAACUGGAUUGGCGGUCGGAGCAGUGGCGGGAACUUUGGGUGGACUGGCAUUGGAUGAAGGAUUGAAGUAUGAGGAGGACAAAAUUGCUGAGAGAGUCGAGAAUGAUUUGGGUGUGAGGGAUAAUUUCAGCGAUUAUCGCGUUGAUUAUUGAUGAUGCAAGUGAAUUCUAGGGCUUGAAAUUGAAGUCUUGCCAUGAGGUAAGUUUUAAUGGCUAAUGGUUUGUGUUCGUUUUGAGACAUCAAUAUCGGUGUGUAUAUAAGCUAUGUUGAUAUUUGGGGCUUUUUUAGUGCUUUGGUGGUUGUUUCCUAAACCGAGUGAAGUAAGAGGUUAUUGGGUAAUUAAUAAUAAAUGCUAUGAUGUUUGAAGUUGAA